AUGUCUGCAGACGUACAGGGAAUCGCCGAUCGAAUCGUCUCCCCUGACGCCCCUCGCGACCCCAGCUUCAAUUUCUCCUUCAGUCCCUUCCUCACGAAAACCUUCGGCUUUGGGCUCGCCUCGGACGUGCCUGUGUGCAAAGCGUAUCGAGAAGGCCACUGCCCCCUAGGCCCAACAUGCCCAGACAGACACCCCACCCCGUCCCGAAUCUCCACGGCCACCUCCCCGGCAAUGCCCGCGGCCUCGACCCACGGCACCCUCGUCUGCAAGCACUUCCUCAAAGGCCUAUGCAAAAAGGGCAUCAAAUGCGAGUACCUGCACGAGUAUAAUCUACGGCGAAUGCCCGAGUGCCAGAAUUUCUCACGGACGGGAUACUGUCCCAACGGCGAUGAAUGUCUCUACCAACACGUCCCCGAAGAGGCAAAGAUACCGCUUUGCGAGCACUACGAGAGGGGACUGUGCGCAUUGGGUCCGCUGUGCGCGAAGAAGCAUGUGCGGAAAAAGAUCUGUCGUUUUUAUUUGGCUGGGUUUUGCCCUGAGGGGCGGGCGUGUCUUGAGGGUGCACAUCCCGGGUGGCCAGAGAAUUUGCCAAAGCCCAUGGUUAAGGUGGCGAAGACGGAAGCGGAUUUGGAGCGGGAAAGGGCGAGGAUACGUGAGGAGCAGGAGAAGGAGGAAGAGAGGGAGAGGGAAUGGAGGAGGGAGAAUCGUGGCCGGGAUGGCCGGUUUGGGAGAGGACGGUAUCGAGGGAAGAGAUGA